AUGGUCGUUGUCGUAUUGGGUCUUCGAACAAUUGGACAAACGUUAACUACAUUAACAACAUCAUUAGAACGAUUAUGCUCUAAAGAAGAUCGAACAUGGAAAGAACGUAAAUUCAAUCAAACAAAAUUAGAUGAAGUAAAUUGUUCUCAACGUAAUUAUGCAUCAUCAUGGCUUCGUAAAGUAGCAGCAUCAAUGCAUUUUGGUACUGAUACAUAUGCACUUAGUGUUGAUUUACUUGAUCGAUUUUUAGCAACACUUAAAGUUCGUCCAAAAUUCUUAGAAUGUUUAGCGGUUGGAUGUUUAUAUAUAGCAGCAAAAUGCAAAGAAGAAGAUGAUACAAUAGCAAUAACACCUGAAUUUGUUAUCGAUUGUAAUGCAAGUUGUUCAGCUAAUGAACUUCUUCGUAUGGAACGUUUAAUUUUGGAAAAAUUUGAAUGGUUUGUGGAUUUUGUAACAGCAGUUGAUUUUUUACAAAUCUACUUUGCACUUUUACUGCUUACACUUGGUAGUCAACAAGAAGAAAAUAAUGAAAAAGUUGUUGUUGAAAAAUAUAUUGAUUUAGAAUUAAAAUUAGCUUCAUGUUUACAAGAUCAUCAUUUGGCUUCAUUUAAACCUCGAAUUCUUGCUUUGGCUCUUAUAAGUUUAGAAUUUGAAAAACAACAAGUACAUCAAUCAGAAAUGAAUAUUGAUUGGCUUCCUUCAAUUACUUAUUUACAACAAUUAGCUAAAGUUGAAAGUGAUGCAUUAUUAUCUUGCCGAGAUUUAAUCGUUCGUUUAUUACCAUCAUACAAGGUUGUUCGAUUAGAAUUAUCCGAUUUAAGAUUUAUUUCUCAUGCAUAUAAUCCAUUAAAACCAUUGAUUAAUUUAUCUGAUCGACCAACCUAUGCCGAUGUUGUUUGUGGUCGCACUCUUCCUAUUGUCCAAUAA